GUUGUAACGUCAUCGAUGAGUUAUAUAACCCCCGAUAGCUUGUAGUAUGUAGUACUUUGCUAUUGUUAUCAAAAUAAUACCCGAUGUUGUCUUUUUGAUGAACGUGUGCAUCGUGUACCAUGUCCGUAGUCGGACCUUCCAUAGUUCCACGCCUGGCCCGGCAAUCUCGUUGUCCAACAUCUUCCAUGAGGUUUUCUACAUGAACUCCUCGACGAACAACCCGUUCCAGUGACCACAUGUCUGUAGCUUCGCUCUUAAGAGGGCCUCUCAUCGGCACCUGUCUAGCCUCGCUCCUGUAUGGUAUUACGUGUCUGCAAGCAUUUUUCUACUUUCAAACCUAUGUCAACGAUCGGAGGGGCCUGAAAUUGACAGUCGCGUUAUUGCUGACACUGGAAACGAUCCAUGUUGCUUUGUCGAUAUGGCUCGUGGAUAACUAUCUCGUCGUCAACUAUGCCAAUGAGCGUGCACUACAAUCUGCUACGUGGUUGACUACGGUCACAUUUUGUAUCGGAUUCCUCAUCGAUUUAGUCGUUUGCUUUUACUUCACAUGGAGAAUAUGGAUGUUUACGAGCAAAUUAUGGAUCGUUAUCUUCAUGAUUUUUAUGGCACUUGCACGAACGACGCUCAGCAUUAUUGCCUGUAUACUGAGCGUACUAAGUUCGACAUGGGUCUCCUACCUUGAACAAUAUAGAACCCUGAUUAUCACCUCGAAUAUCCUUUUCAUUAUCGGAGAUGCGUUUUCAGCCUCCAUCAUGGCUUGGUAUCUUAACAGGACUCGUGAUCACACAUUAAGAACGACCCUGAUCCUCAAUAGACUUCUUGUGUUCGCUGUUGCAACGGGAGGAAUUACAGUGUUGGUUGAUAUCAUUGCCCUCGUAUUUACCCUAGCCCAACCUCUCAGCCUCGCUUUUACCGCAGCCAUCCUUGUACAGACACGUCUCUACGCUAAUUCCCUCCUUGUAUCGCUGAAUUUGAGAAACGCCAACAAGAGAGUUUAUGAGAAUGCCAUAAAUACUCCAUCGGUGGAGCUGCCUAUGACAUCACUCGCGUUCGCGCCAUAUUCUACAGAGACGGGACGCUCAAGUGAAGGGGCGAGUGGUGUGGGCAAGGAGUCGUGGCAUACAGCCUCUGGAAGUGGGAACGUUUCUUGAUACUGUCACAUCGACGAUACCUACUACCUACUAGCGUAAAUG